AUGUUGGUUCUUAUCAUUGGUCACUCGAAGACCGUUCAAACCGAACUCAUCUCCAGUUCACAGUCGUACAUAGAGUUGCAUAGAAGCGUUAUGAACACUAUCUCAGGGUUUGUAUUUAUCUUCCUCCUAACUGAUGCUACGGUAGUCUUCAGCAACAUCCAAUAUCGUAACCCUUUCGAAGCGGUACAAGGAUGCCUACAGUAUGACAACGUGCCUGGCUACAACGAUACAUUGGAAUAUUUUGCGACGGACACCUUUAGACACAUUGGCCGUACGCACAGCUCAAAGUAUAUUCGUGUAGGGAUGGUGGGACCCACCGACGGUAUCAUACGCUUCGGAAAAUUCCGUUAUCCCUACGGCGAGAGUGUGUCGGAAAUUUGUCUUUCCGGCUUGUCGGGACAAAAGUCGGAAAUAAAUCGCCAUACUCGUACCAGCAACAGUGAAUACAUCAACACACUGCUAAAGACCCAAAUGACACCAGCCGUGCUGUCCAAAACACGCCCCAUGAUGUUCCGUUUGGAAGUGUUCGAUAAUGGUAACGUUCUGCUGACGAAGGAUGGCGAGAAGAGACCGUUCCUGGAGUUUAAUGAUAAUCACAGCAGGUUGGAUUUGGACUACAUAGCGUUUACUAAGUGGAACUAUGAUCUUUUCUAUUACUAUGACUGUCCAUUAAAUACUGAUUCCAAUAGCAUUGACGACACGGUACUGCUUAAGUGCAAUUUGGCUUAA